GGGGAGGAGGGACAACAAAGAGUAGAGGAGGAGGAAAAAGAAAAAAAAGCCCCACCAAGAAUUUUAUAAAAGUUAGUGAUUAGAAGGACCUGGUCUCUUUGCCUGCAAACGCCUCAGCAGAAGCUUGUAGCAGCAGAGACACUGCCCACAAACAAGUCUAUACGCUCAGAAAAGUAACUUGGAUUAUUCAGAUGAUCAGAGAAACUGUAAUUUAAGGCGAAAUGACCAAAACUUUAUUAAGACCAAGACCAAGACCAAGACUGAACCCAGAUGCAGUAGUUGCAGCAGGUAACCCCUUACCACAGCUAAAAGGAUAGAAAUGAAGGGUAAUUCUCCUAAGGCCCCAUAUCUUCUGUAGAUAGAGGAAGCAAUGCACUGCAAUCUUCUGUAGAGGACGCAAUGCACUGCAGUUCUGAAAGCAGCCAUACAGAGAAGAAUUACAAACCCAGGCAAAAAGUUGGGGAUGGAAAGUCAUCCAGACUCAGCAGCAAAUACUGCCAACAGAGGCAGGAAAUAGAAGAGAAGCAGUGUUAGGAAACGUGUAAAGCUAAGUCAACAUGACCCACCAGUUCCCAGCGCUGUCUCCAGAGCAGAAGAAAGCUCUUGCAGACAUAGCUCAGCGGAUUGUGGCAUCAGGAAAGGGGAUCCUAGCUGCAGAUGAAUCAGUGGGUACCAUGGGGAACAGGCUGCAGAGGAUCAAUGUAGAGAACACGGAGGAGAACCGCCGAGCUUUCAGAGAGAUACUCUUCUCUUCGGACACUUCCAUCAACCAGAGCAUUGGGGGAGUGAUCCUUUUCCAUGAGACCCUCUAUCAGAAAGACAGCAAUGGAAAGCCAUUCCCAGCACUCAUCAAGGAAAAAGGCAUUGUAGUGGGAAUUAAGCUGGACAAAGGCACAGCACCUCUAGCAGGAACAAAUGGAGAAACCACCAUCCAAGGGCUGGAUGGGCUGGCUGAACGCUGUGCCCAGUACAAGAAAGAUGGUGCUGACUUUGGCAAGUGGCGUGCAGUGCUGAAGAUCACCAGCACAACACCCUCUCAACUGGCCAUCCAGGAGAAUGCCAACACUUUGGCACGCUAUGCCAGCAUCUGCCAGCAGCAUGGUUUGGUGCCCAUCGUGGAGCCAGAAAUCCUGCCUGAUGGAGACCAUGAUCUCCAGCGUUGUCAAUAUGUCACAGAGAAGGUUCUGGCUGCUGUCUACAAGGCUUUGAAUGAUCACCAUGUGUACCUGGAGGGAACACUGCUGAAGCCCAACAUGGUGACAGCUGGGCAUUCCUGCUCCAAGAAGUACACCCCUCAGGAUGUUGCCAUAGCAACAGUCACUACUCUACUUCGCACCGUUCCUGCUGCUGUUCCUGGAAUCUGCUUCCUGUCUGGAGGUCAGAGUGAAGAGGAGGCUUCUCUCAACCUGAAUGCCAUGAAUCAGUCCCCUCUGCCUAAGCCUUGGAAACUGACCUUUUCCUAUGGGAGAGCCCUGCAAGCCUCUGCCCUGGCUGCCUGGUUGGGCAAAAACGAGAACAAGAAGGCUGCUCAAGAGGCCUUCCGCAAGCGGGCACAGAUUAACAGUUUGGCUUGCAGGGGACAGUAUGUCCUGUCUGGGAAGACUGAUGCAGCUGCCACGCAGUCACUGUUCACUGCCAGCUACACCUACUGAAACUGCAGGAGCCUUCCUUCCUCCUGUCUCUUCUCACACAGUGGAAGAUGUUCAGAAAUGAUAGAAAAACAUAGAAAUCUAAUUUUCCUUCCCAACACCAAACUGGAGAUAGAAUGGCUUAGCUUCCUCUCCACCCUUCACUCCCACAAUUUACCAAGGGGAUAUUCUUUUUUCAUUUGCACAUUCCAAGGAAAGGGAAUUCUUUCCAAACAACAAACAACAGCUGCCAAUGAAUCAUGAAGCCACCAUCCCUCAGUCUGAAACUCAGCCACUGGAAUAGCAGGCAGAUUCAGUAGUUCCCUAGCAAUUCAAAUAGCUACCCCUGCCCAUAACCACAUUUUACAACCACAAUCCUCAAUUAUAAAACCUGAAUGUGUAUUCAAUCAUGUCAAUAAAACAGUAAUUGAAAAAAAAA